AUGAGUUUUGGUAUCGAGCUUCGAAACCAAGUCCCUGCCAUUGUCGACUAUGUUGCUGACGGCAUCCAGCAAUUGCAACGAUUUCGGAACUUUAUACGCGAUCGAUCCCAAAUUGAAAAGGAGUAUGCACAGAAGCUUGACAACCUUGCCAAAAAGUAUUCCAGCAACAGCAACAAGAGCACCAACGUUGAGGAGGAUGAAUGGGAGGGCAUGGAUACCAGCACAUCCAACGCAGCAUGGAAGGGUCUUAUCACUCAAACGGGGAUGGUGGCCAAAUGUCAUUUUGAAUUGAUGGAGAAUCUGAAUGGCCCAAUGAUGGAUGCUCUCAAAGGCACAAUCACUCGAAAAGAAGAAUCUCGCAAAAAGCAUGUGUCAUUCUAUCAAAAGCUCAAGGCAGAGAGAGACAGGACAUAUCAAGACAAGGACAAAGCAAAAGGAUUAUACGAUGACAGCUGCAUGGAGAUUCAAAACAUACGCAAUAAGAUUGCAAAAGGCACUGGUGAUCAAGAAAAGUAUCAACGACAACUUGACAAUGCCAUCAUCGAAUGCAACAACAAAAAGAAUGCGUAUUUGCUUGCUUUGAGCGUCGCCAAUGCUGAAAGGGAAAAAUACUAUGAAGAGGAUCUUCCUAUGCUAGCUGAUCAACUGCAAGAUCUUGACAGCACGCGUGUUUUGGCAUUGCAGGAAAUCUAUCGGAGCUACAUUGAAAAGACCAGCAGCACCAUGGCAUCCAUCAAGCAUUAUUAUGCAGAAGCACUGGGGCCGGUCGACCAAAUGGAUGCAACAGCAGAUGCCGCCAUAUUCCAAUCAUCCCAUUUACCGGAUCCACAUCAGCAGGAGGAUAUGAACAAGCACUUUUCAUUUGUGCCUUGGAAUGGAGGAGCGAAUGCAGCUGGCACAGCCGUGGACACGGAUGAUCGAUUGGUGAUUGAUGAGCCUUCCGUUAUCUUUUUGAACAAUAAGCUUAUCAAAGAUCGGCGUCGAUUGGAUCAAUUAGGUGACGAGCUAUCGCGAAAUUCAGAUCAAAUGAAGAGCUUUGAAUCAGAAUUGAAAACGAUCCAAAACAAGGCAUCUGCUCAGUAUGAUGUGACACACGAGCGACUUGUGGAGGUAGCAAGGAAUGUUACCAUGUUAUCAACUCAAAAGGCACGUGUCAAGAGCGAAGUCGAUUUGAUCAUCCAAAGUAUCGGUGAUAGCGGGUUGAACAUGCAAAGCCAUGACUUUAAGGCGUCUUCAUUCACAAUUCCAACAACAUGCGACUAUUGUGGAAACACUAUUUGGGGUCUAUCAAAGCAAGGGAUGACUUGUAAAGCGUGUGGUCUCAAUUGUCAUGCUAAAUGUGAAAUGAAGGUGGCUCCAAAUUGUACCAAGGUCAAAGGAAAGAUCAAUCGCUAUCAUCCAUCCCCUGCUCCUCAACCAAGUCCAUCAUCAACACCAAGAACAUCCAAUGCAACUAGACCCUCCUCUUCUUUACCCACAAGUCCCACCACGGCUGCACCCCUUGGAACACAAACGAUUGCUGUAGAAUCAGCCCUAUCCGUACGAGCACUCUAUGACUACAACGCACAAUCAUCUGAUGAGCUUACCAUCAACGAGGGAGAAUUACUGAAUAUUAUUGGAUCAGAAGAUGAUGGCGAGAAUGGAUGGCUAAAAGUGGCAAGAGGUCAAGAGACAGGUUAUGUUCCAGCCAACUACAUUACAUUUGAACAAACGACCCCAUCAACAUCACCAUCACCACCACCACCCGUAUCACCCUUUGAAGCCACUACUACUACUACUCCAUCACCACAGCAACCUAUUGAAGAACCACCUAUCCAGGCACAACAAGAGCAUCUUCAAGAACAACAACAACAUCCUAUCGUUACCCAUGAACAGAGCCCACCACCAUCACCUCCUACCUAUGUGGUGGCCAUGUAUGAUUUCGAAGCAGUGAAUAGUGAUGAGUUGAAUAUCCGUGAAGGCGACCGAAUCCUUGUAACAAAAAAAGAUGAUAGUGGAUGGUGGGAAGGAACAUUAAAUGGACGUUCAGGAAUGUUUCCGGCUAAUUAUGUGGAAUAA